AUGGCUCAGCAGUCCCGUCCCUUGAGCGCGGGGGCUACCUUUGCCGUGGUCCUCGCUGCACUAACUGCUCCUGUUGCUUCUGCUGCUGGUGUGCAGUGGUAUGCGCCUGCAAGUAGCAAUAUUAACAAUCUGGACAAGGUGAUUAACGGAUCCGGUGCCUAUGGCUUCAUCUACAACUCGUCCACUACGCCCGACAACAGGUAUGGCACUUACAACUGGUGCAACAUGCCGCAUGUGCGCAAGAAGGAGUACGUCAAGGUGAACAGCGACUAUGAGCUGCAGUAUGUGGAAUUGAUGCAUCGCCACCAUAAGCGCACGCCGUAUGCAUCCAAUGCUUUCCCAGUAGAGUCAUAUCACUGGAACUGCGACGACCAGCGUCUGUACAACUAUGGCCAGUCGCCAGAGGGCCACCAGGCCGCAAAGGGAUUUGCAGAGGGCUACAUCUCGCCGAUUAACCCGUUUGUUCCAUCCGGCUGGAUCGGUACCUGCAAGUUUCCCCAGAUCACGCUGGGCGGACUCGACGACUCGUACCAGCAUGGUCUCGAUUUGUACGAAGUGUAUGCCGACUUGCUGCACUUCAUCCCGGGCAGAGACUGGUACGUUGCGGAAGAAGUCAGAUACCGUGUCACAAACAAUCCUAUUACUAGCCAGGUCGCUGGUAUGGUUGCUGGAGCCAUGUACAAGACGAAGCACUCCGUGCCGCUGAUGGUGCAGGCCGAUGGCAUCGACAGCUUGGAGCCUCAGUACAGCUGCAACAGCGCGAGCCGAGCGUUUAACAGCAUCAAGUCAAACGACAACGCCGCCUGGAAGGACCACCUUAGCAAAGCUGCACCACUUUACAGCACGCUCGAUGACAUUUCUGGUGUGCCGCCCAAUGACGGCGGCUUCCACGCCUCGAUUGACCACUACUAUGAUAACUUGUCGGCAAGACAGUGCCAUAACAAGCCUCUGCCUUGCAAGCUUGUUGAUGGCAAGAACAGCACCACCUGCGUCACCCAGGAGAUGGCUGAUGCCGUUUACCGUCUCGGACACUGGGAGUACAGCCACAUUUACAGAGACAGCCCAGAGUCGCUGGCUGCGAGCGCGGCGUCGCUGGGCGUUUGGAUCAAGGAGCUGUCGAGCCAUUUCCGAGACGUAAUUGCCGGCAAGCGUGAUAUUGUGUACUUUCACAACGUUGCCCACGACGGCUCGGUUUCUCGCCUGCUGUCCAUCCUGCAGAUUGACACCAUGGUCUGGCCUGGCAUGGGCUCCGAGGUUGUCUUUGAACUGUACAAGAAGAAGCCUCUUGUGGAAAAGUGCAACCGUGACAACUGCCUGCGCUGGUUCCUGCGUGCGACCAAGACUGCAACAUCGCUCUGCCAACAGCUCUUCACCACCACGUCUGCUGAAAUUGCUCUACCUUCAUUCCCACCUCCAGAGUGUCAUAGCGCCGCUCGAGUUGCUUCUGGAUGUUCGUGCUUGGAGAUCCCGACUGGUACACAAACCGCUGACCCUGUGCCUACGGAAGUAGCCGUCUUGGAAAAGUAUUACGUGCGUGUCUUGUUUGGCGGCAAGGUCCUCAAGUCGUCCCAUCCGGACCUCGGCGUCAUGGAGCUGGUUCCUGUCCAGACCCUGCUCAAGUACUUUGAUGAUCUUGUUGGAAAGACGGGCAACGACGUCAAGGCAAGCUGCCAGUAA